CCCAUGCUUGUCUUCAAUAUUUUUCAUCACUUAAAUUAAAAAAAGUAAAGAUUACAUAAUAUAUUAUUGAAGAGAUGGAAACGAAUAACAAUGGAAAGGGUAUUAUAGAAGCGAGUAGUAUCCAUAGCCAUGGCCAUGGCAAAUUAAGUGAUUUUAUUUCCGGUGAAUUUCCGACCGGUUUAAGGGUUCUUGUUGUUGAUGAUGAUCGGACUUGUCUUACAAUUCUCGGACGAAUGCUUAAAGUUUGCCUAUACAAAGUGACCACAUGUCUGAAAUCCAAGGAUGCUUUAGUAAUGCUUAGAGAUGAGAAGAACAACUUUGACAUUCUUGUGAUUGAUCUGCAUAUGCCGGAUAUAGACGGAUUCAAGCUUCUUCAGGUUGCAGAAGUUGAAUUAGAUCUGCCUGUUGUCUUGAUGUCGUCCGACGAUGAUCAUGAAAUUGUAAAGAAAGGUGUUAUUGAUGGCGCUUGUGAUUAUUUGAUCAAGCCUAUUAGGAUGGAAGCUCUAAGAAUGAUAUGGCAGCAUGUCGUUCGUCGGAAAAAAGAUUCUGCCAAAGAAGAAUUCGGACAGAUGAUGAACUUGAAAGAUUGUAGUAGUAAUUUGCUGUUGACAAAACCUGAUGGUGGUGGUGAUGAUGAUAAGACUCCUGCAAAUACGAGAGACGCUAAAAGCUCAAAACGGAGAAAAAUCAACAAAGAUGAUGAUGGUGUUGGUGAGGCCUCGGACCCUGCAGCUACGGGCAAAAAGCGAAUGAUUUGGACGGAUGAACUUCACGAGAAAUUUGUUCGAGCUGUUAAACAUCUCGGUGAAUCUGCGGUUCCCCUUAAAAUUUUGGAAUGCUUGCAACAAAUGAAUGUUCAUGACAUUACUCGGGAACAUAUUGCUAGUCACCUUCAGAAGUAUCGAAUCCAUCUUCGAAAGCAAGAUGAGACUCCACAGCAAAAGCAAGAACUUUUCAUGCCGUCAAGGAUAAACAGACCGUUCAUUUCCGAGCAAUCUCCAUCACUAGAAAACCUCCAGUUAUUUGCCAAUAGACACAGUACGCGUCAAUACCCUUUGCCAAGUAUCGCGGAUGCUCAAGCAGGUCUACGCGUGCCAUUAAAUGUGAUCUCAAACAUUGGCCCGCCUUUUAGCGAUCCAGGGAGGCAGUUUGUGCACUCCGGAAUGGUGGAACCGAGUUACUACCCUAUGGCCCAACCUUCUGCAAAUAACUAUCAGUUCAACGGCAACUUUGACGCAGGUUCUUCGUGCAAAACUCUUUCUUAUAUCAGUUAUGGUAAAGAGUAUGAUUGCAGGAACAAAGAAAAUAUUGCUCAGAUUACUCAAAACUUUGCAGCUCGUAAUUCAUUUGAUGAGUUACACGGAGAUACAACACCUCAGCUGAUCUACGAGCCUCCGCUUUACCUCCAACAAUUUGAGCAGAAUGAGAUUUAUCAUGGCCCCUUCAUUCAGCAGCAAGAGGAAGAACCACCUCAAAUCAAAUACAACAAUGCUACCCAAUUUGAUAAAUCAGACUUCCAGAAGCCUCAAUGAAACUGCAUUUCUCGUAAAGGUUUUUUCUUUUUCGCUGGUAGCAGAGAUUAGAUGUAGUCAGUUUUAUCUCUUUUUUAUUCUUCUUAAUCACCAAUGUUUUGAUAUAAUCAAUUCCAUCAGCUGCGAAGUCAUUUUACGACUUAAAACAUAUAUGGAAAUAAAAGUUUUGUUUUCAUAAA